UCUUCAGUGCAUGCAACACACAGUGCGAAGGGGCCUUUUCUUAUUGCAAUUGCAUUUCCUCCGCCAUUCAUUUCGUUUGCAUUCUCAGUCGCCUCCAGUGUGGAUGCAAUCACACGCGCAACGACGGAACCAGAUUGCAGCUGGAAUCUCACACAAACCGGAAGUGACGGAAGCACACCGGAAGUGGAGCAAAAAUGGUGGCGACCGGCGACUGGUGAGUGGGUGGUUUAAAAAGUGCUAAAAGUGUGGCGUAAAAAGCAACCAACCCGAACAAAGCGAAAGUGCGCAAAUAAAACUGGCAACUGGCUGGUCGGCGAUUUGGACGGCCGGUGUUAAUGAAGCAGGCGGCAUUAGUGUGAAGUGUUGCUGGUGCAAAGUGUUGCGAGAGAAGAAAAAAAAUGACGCUCUUGGGUGACAAAACCACCCUCCUCCUGUUGAUUGGGUGCGUGCUGAUCCUGGGAAGCGGUGUGGUGGGAAAAUUCAUAACGACACACGACGCGAAAGCCUCCCAAUGCUGCCAGGAGUCGUACGGUGUCGAUGGCAAGGAGCAGCGGUGCAUCCGCACGGACGGUAAUUACUCGACGGAAAUACCUCUCAACUGCACCCACAGGUACAUGAUCUUCCGCGAGGUCGAACAGGAGAUAUACGUCGACGAAGCUGGCAUGUUGGUUGACGGUUAUUUCCGGAUCCAACCGAACGAGUUCUGCCUUGGCCAGACGACGGAGGAUGACCGAUUGCAAUCGGUGUUUGUGGUGUGCUUCAACAUGGAACACAUGGAAACGUUUUCCACCAUGUUCGUCAGCAAGGGCAUCAUGAUGCUGGUCUCCGUCUUCUUCCUGCUCGUCACGCUCUACAUCUACUACAUCAUUCCGGACCUGCGGGAAACGCAGGACAAAGUGACCUCGGCCGCGGUCGCCUGCCUGGCGGUGUUCAUGUUCCUGCUCAGCAUUAUUCAGCUGUGGAUGUCCCUGUCGCAAACGCUCUUCUGCAAGGUCAUCGGCUUCCUGAUGUACUUCUUCCUCAUCAGCUACUUCGCAUGGUUGAACAUGGUCAUGGCUAACGUAUGGAAAUUGACGGUCGCCCGUCGGUGGAAGAUCAAGGAACGGUCCUGGUACGUCCUGAACCAUAUCUACGCAGGCACGGUCGCCGUCACUCUGACGACGAUGGUCUACAUCUACAACACCCGGUAUCCGACGCUCGGGGAAGAUUCCUGCUGGUUCCGAACCGAACGAGAGCAGUCAUACUUCGUCUACCUGCCGCUGAGCGUAAUGCUGAGCAUCAACAUUUUCCUGUUCGGCUGGACGAGCUUCCAUCUGCACGCGAGCGGAGAUGACAUCAGCCCCGACCGGCAGAAGUCGCUCCGGUACAAGUGCAUGCUGUACCUGAAGCUGUUCCUGCUGUCCGGGCUCAUCUGGGUGUUCGAGAUCCUGUCGUUCCACAUGAACAAGGACCUGGUGCCGCAGUCCUGGUUCUGGAUCGUGGUCGAUGCCAUCAACUGCCUGCACGGGGUGCUCAUCUUCUUCGUGCUGAUCGUCUGGCGGCAGCGUAUUAAGCGCGAGCUGGCCAACCGUCGGUUGUUCUGCAUGAGGACUCCGGCUCACUGGGCCGAGCUGAAGGACGACGAGCAGGAGCACCUGCACGACGAAGGUCGCGAUACGGGAAAGUACGACCUUAUCAUCAAGUAAACAGCCACACCCGGUGGCAUCGCGCAAACCGCUGACUUCAUCUCGGUUCUCAGAUAUCGUGUGACCUCGUUUGCACGUUGGGUCACACCCGGACAGUAACACACCCUCUCCGCGACAGAGAACGGGAGAAAGAUAGUCCCUUCAGGGAGGGCGAUCAGCCCGUCCGCGCCUCCAUCAAACUACCUUUGCUACGAGCGGUUUCGCAACGAGAGUCCUUCGAGGAGCGUGAAAAGGGACACUUUAUAUCGUGGUUCCGUUUGGGGUCGAAUGGGCCCCCGCGUUACGCACAAUUUGUUACGGAUAGGUUACAUUAGCGUUAGGAGUAAUAUCGAAGUCGAAAGAAUUUAUACUAUACACACAUAAUGGCGAUACGGUGGUUAUGGCAAUUGCGACAGAAGUUACCCACUCUUAUCUACUUUGCUACUGCUGCCUUGGGACGCGCGUCGCACUGUGUGCGGUGGCAGACCAAGUCUGUUGAUGAAUUUACACGCGGCCAAAAGUUUGAAACAAUAAAAUUUGAAAACCCACUUACG